AUGUUCAAGGUCGGCCCUGACUUCGAAAAAGCCCAAGCCUCCCGGCCGGAUUUCCGUCGUGACGCCGAGGUCACUUUUUCCAAACCACCUAAUCCCACAUGGAAGGAAGGUGAUGGCGCAAACGAUGACGGAGAGAGUCUCAAGAAAGAUCACGUCGAGAUUGACCCACACGCCGAGGGACGGCCGGUCGCGUCCAACUACAAGCUCCUGAUCUCGGGAAUGGUGCCUCGCCCGAUUGCCCUGAUCAGUACUAAGUCCGCCGAUGGAAACACCACGAAUCUCGCCCCGUUCAGCUACUCCCAGGUCAUCAACCACGACCCGCCACUGUUUGUUGUUGGAUUCGUGGGCCCACUGGAGAAGGCCAAGGACACACUGAAGAACCUGCACGAGACGGAAGAGUGCGUCAUCAACAUCAUCUCGGAGCAUUUCGUCGAGGCUGCCAACGCGACGGCCAUCAACGCCCCGUACGGAGUGUCUGAAUGGGAGACCUCUGGGUUGCACCAGGCUCCCACCUCUGUCGUGAAGCCCGCGCGAGUCAAGGAGUCGGUGCUGGCCGUCGAGGGCAAGCUUGUCGAGACCAAAGAGUUUGAGAGCCGCGUGACGCCUGGGAAGAAGACGGGUGUUUUGGCGAUCAUCGAAGGUGUCCGGUUCUGGGUGAGAGACGAUGCCAUUAACGAAGAUCAAAGCGUUGUGGACCUCAAGGUGCUGAAGCCCAUCAGUCGACUGGGUGGCAUCUCCUAUGGCCGUACAACCGAUGCCAUUGAGAUUCCUCGACCACAGUUUUAA